AUGGAAUCAAGAAAAAGAGCUAGAACAGAAGACAUCCCUUUGUCAUCCACUCCAGCUCCUCCGUCAGUAACUGUAGGACAGGAGCCUAAAGCUCAACUUCCAUUGGUGAGACCCAACAAGGCUGCUCCGCCUGAGCCCACACCUGUGCAGGUCAAUACAGAGCCAUCUGACCCACAAUCUCUAGUGGUGAAUCCACCUUCUUCACCUGAGCUUGAAGCAGUUCCGCCAUCUCCUCCUUUGAUUGUCAUUUCUGACGCAUCAUCAUAUGAAGCGGCUGCCCCUCCUGAUUCACCAGUUGCAGAAACAGCUGACCCCUCUGUUUCCCCAAUUGGAGGAAUUGCUGAUCUUUCUGAUUCAUCAUCUGGAGAAGCUAUUGCUCUCACCGAUUCCCCAGUUUAA